CCUUUUGCUGUCUAGUCUACUCUGUGCCACAACUCUUUUUCCUACUAAAUUUUAUACAAAUUUUCUGCUUCGACACAAAUUUCUACCUACCUUUGGAUCCUCUUCCACCGAUGAAUAAUGUGCCAUCGACGCAGCCAGGACUACAGUAACAACACCUACCUCGGCCUCCAUUUGGGCACCCAGCUCUUUCGUGCCGUGAUCCUUGACUCCAAACUGGCCGUCACAUACACUGCGCAGAUUCGCUAUGAUAUUGAUCUGCCCGAAUUCGGUAGCACCAAUGGAGUUCUGCCGGACAGUGGCCCUGGUGAGUACCUGGCCAAUCCGGUGAUGUGGGUGAAGGCCUUGGACAUGCUGAUAGACUGCCUAGUGAAGCAGGGUGCGGAUAUGCACUCGGUGGCCUCGAUCGGCGGAGCGGCACAGCAGCAUGGCUGCGUUUUUUGGUCAGACUUGGGCCUAAGACGUGUAUGUAACUUGAAUGCGAACCUGCGACUCCAUGAACAGAUUACGGAGAGCGCCUUCGAGUUGACCAGGACGCCCACGUGGCGAGAUAGCUCCACGGAUCAGCAAGUGCGCGAAAUGGAGUACGCCGUCGGCGGUCCCGCCGAGCUGUCUAGUAUCACGGGUUCCAGGGCGUACUCACGGUUCACGGGCCCCCAAAUCCGAAAGGUGUUCACCCAGUGUCCAGAGCACUAUGAACGAACCUCCAGGAUCUCCUUAAUCAGCAGCUUUUUGGCCUCGUUGCUCAUAGGCGGCAUUGCCUCCAUCGACUACACCGACGGCUCGGGGAUGAACCUGCUCGACAUCCGGCGAAAGAAAUGGUCUCCGGAGUGCCUGAAUGCCUGUGCUCCCGACUUGGCAAGGCGUUUGAUGAAGCCCAUUCCUUCUUCUCGGCUGCAAGGACGCGUUGCGGAUUACUACGUGAAGCGCUGGAAUUUCCGUCCCGACUGCAUGGUUGUGGCAUCCGCGGGGAGCAAGGCCUCGGAACUGGCUGGGCUCCUGGUGGAGAAGGACUUCCUCAUGCUGUCGCUGGACACCAGCGACGUGGUGGUGAUGCCUCUAAAGAAGGCUCCCUGCCUGGAGGAGGGGCACGUGAUGUGCCAUCCCACCAAGACGGAUGAGUACAUGGGCCUACUGUGCUUCCACAAUGGAGCUUUGGCCCGAAGAGCCGUCUGCGAGGAGGUGGCCUACGGCAGUUGGCAGCGCUUCUACAAAAUGCUGGAUGCCACGCCCGCGGGCAACAGUGGUCAUGUGGCCGUGCACUUUCGGGAUCGCGAGAUUAUUCCCAUUGCCCGGGGUGUUCUGCGCUGGGGUCCCAACACAGACUACAUGACCCAGGAGUGCUUGCUCGGCCGCCCCAAAUUCGAAACGCCGGAGAUCGAAGUGCGAGCGGUGAUCGAAGGCCAGAUCAUGCACCACUGCGCCAUUGCCCGCGAAAUGGGCUUCCAUCAGGCGCCGGACACCAAGAUCAUCGUGGUGGGCGAGGACUCCAGGAGCCAGAAUGUCCUGCAAAUCGUGGCGGAUAUAUUUAAUGCGCCCGUUUACCAGAGAACCGGCAUCGAAGUCAGCUUGUUGGGCUGCGCAUUUCGCGCGCGUUACGCCUUCUACGAGCAUCGGGAAUCCUCCUGCAACUGUCGAUCCUGCAAAAUGCCCAAGGGCCGGAAGCCGAGGCUCAGCUAUGCUGAGUUCCUUCAGAACGUCCCCUCCGGCUUGAAACUGGCCGCGGAACCAACUCCAGGCUGCGAAAAGAUUUACAGACCACUUAUCGCGCGAUGCUCGCAAAUUUGCCAGCUGCUUGCAGCCAAAUCAACAGUGUACAUCAUCGACCAGGAUCCAUAAACUUUAACUAGGUGCCUUUCCUUGUUCCUUUCUAUGUUUCUACGCAAAUCAAUAAAGUAUCCUAAAGUAAACUAAA